AUGGAGGGUCCCAAGGGCAGCAGCACCCCCAUCGCUGUUGUGGGCAUGAGCUGCAAGUUCGCUGGUGAUGCCACAAGCCCCGAGAAAUUUUGGGAACUGCUCGCCGAGGGCAGAAGUGCCUGGAGUCCAAUCCCAGAGUCGAGAUUCAACCUCGGUGGCGUGUAUCAUGCGAAUCACGAGAAUAUUGGCACGACGAAUGUGCGAGGAGGACAUUUCCUGAAAGCGGAUAUAUCUCAGUUUGACGCAGCGUUCUUCAACUUUUCGGCUGAGACUGCUGCGACUAUGGAUCCCCAGUUCCGGUUACAACUAGAGUCUGUCUACGAGGCGUUAGAAAGCGCUGGUAUCCCACUACAGCAGAUUGCCGGAUCCAACACAUCUGUCUUCGCAGGAUCCUUCUUCCAUGAUUAUCAAGACAGCCACAUGCGAGAUCCCACUAGCCUUCCCCGUUUCUUGGUAACAGGUAACGGCGCCGCCAUGGCAGCCAAUCGAAUCUCUCAUUUCUACGAUUUGCGCGGCCCGAGCAUGACCAUAGAUACCGGUUGCAGUACCACACUUACCGCAGUACAUCAGGCCUGCCAGGGCCUCAAGACUGGGGAAGUGGAUACUGCCAUCGUGGGCGGCUCCAAUCUGAUGAUCAACUCGGAUAAUUUUGCGGCGCUUGGAUCACUAGGCUAUUCUUUUGACAGCAGAGGAAAUGGAUAUGGGCGAGGGGAAGGUGUUGCAACCGUUGUCCUCAAGCGUUUAGAUGAUGCGCUGAGGGCGGGAGACCCCGUCCGGGCCGUGAUUCGAGAAACUUGUCUGAAUCAGGACGGCAAGACGGAAACAAUCACAUCACCCAGUCAGCAGGCCCAGGAAGAACUCAUCCGGAAGUGCUACCGAAAUGCCGGCCUAGGGCUGGGCGCUGUGCAGUAUUUCGAGGCUCAUGGAACCGGCACCCCCACUGGUGAUCCAAUCGAACUUGGAGCCGCCGCUGCCGUAUUCCAGCACUCCAGGUCAGCCAAGGAGCCGCUGCUGAUCGGUUCCGUCAAAUCCAACAUUGGGCACACAGAGACGGUUUCGGGGUUGGCUAGCUUGAUUAAAGUCGCUCUCGCUCUUGAGAGGGGAGAAAUACCCCCGAGUAUCAACUUCGAGAGGCCUAACAAACGACUCAAGCUUGACGAGUGGAAUUUCAAGGUGCCUCAAAAGUGCGAAGAAUGGCACGCAGGUGUCGAUGGGAACCGAAGGGCCUCUCUCAGCAAUUUCGGAUACGGUGGUACUAAUGCCCACGUUAUCAUGGAAGACCUGCCGCACCAGAUUGUGCAUGACAGCCGUCGUCAUCUCAAUGGAAAUGGAUACACCAACGGAGACCGACAUUCCAUCAAACAAUACUCUCGGGUGUUUUUAUUGAGCGCCAAGGACGAGCAGGCUUGUCGCAUGAUGGUAGAAAACUUGAAGAAGCACCUGCAGAGGCUUGUUCUCAGCGACGAGGACGAUAACGAGUACCUUGAUAGUCUGGCCUACACGCUAGGUCAACGUCGCACUCUAUUCCCAUGGGUAUCUGCCUAUAGAGCCGGCGAUAUUCCAGGACUGAUACAAGCUCUCGACAAUCCGAGAAUUCAGCCAACUCGGAGUAGCGACCCAAAACCAAGAGUCGGAUUCGUUUUCACCGGGCAGGGAGCACAAUGGCAUGCCAUGGGACGUGAGCUUCUUGAUGCUUACCCGCUCUUCAAAACGUCCAUCCUCGAGGCUGACAAGUAUUUGCGGGAGUUUGGCGCCGACUGGUCACUUUUAGAGGAACUUCUUCGUGACGCAGACACGAGCAGAGUAGGCGAGGUCUCGAUGAGCACGCCGCUCUGCGUGGCCGUCCAGAUAUCCUUGGUACGCCUCAUGGAGUCCUGGGGUGUCCUGCCUUGUGCUGUCUGCAGUCACUCUAGCGGAGAGGUGGCAUCAGCCUACACUGCUGGGGUACUCAGCUUCAGGUCGGCCAUGGCUGUCAGCUACUGCCGCGGCGGCGUCGCAUCGGUACCUACAACUGGUCACGGUGGGAUGCUCGCAAUUGGUGUGGGACGCGAUGUAGCCGAGCACCUUCUCAAGCAUGUCAAGUCUGGGAGGGCCAAUGUUGCAUGCAUCAACAGUCCAUCGAGCGUCACCCUCUCCGGUGACCUGACGGCCAUUGACGAGCUCGAGGCCAUCGCCAAGGAGAAGAACUUAUUUGCCCGUCGUCUUCGAGUUGGCACUGCGUUCCACUCUCACCACAUGUUGCCGGGCUCCGACGCCUACCGCGACCAGAUGCGUUUGGUCGGAGUCGGCAAAGCAGAGCCAGAGAUGAGGCACGUAAGAUACGCGUCACCCACAACGGGCACCCUCUUGAUGGAUGCUGCCAGCAUCAGCAACCCUGACCAUUGGGUGGAAAGCUUACUGCGUCCCGUGCAGUUCGUGGAUGCGUUCCGGGAAAUGGCUUAUGAUCAAGCCACCGAGCAAACAACAGUGGACGUUGUGAUCGAAGUCGGGCCUCACGCGGCCCUCUCCGGGCCCAUCGGGGACAUCUUGACACUUCCAGAGUUUCGAGGCACCAGUAUAACCUACUUGUCAUGCUUGAUCCGGAAGUCGAAUGCAAUUCACACGAUGCAUGCUCUGGUGGGGCAGCUGAAGUGCCAGGGCAUACCUGUCGACCUUGAUGCUGUCAACUUCCCUCUGGGAAAGCAUAGUGUACGUGUCUUGAGCAAUCUUCCAACGUACCCGUGGACGCACCUUGUCCAGCAUUGGUCUGAACCACGGGUCAAUAAGAGUCGUCGCGAGAAAAAACAAGCGCCCCAUGACUUGGUAGGAUCUCUGCAAGAUGGUACGAAUGUCAAUGCUCCAACUUGGAAGCAUAUCAUUCGAACAUCAGAGCUCCCGUGGGUGAGAGAGCACACUGUGCAGUCUAACAUGGUAUACCCUGCUGCUGGAUUUAUAUGCAUGGCCAUUGAGGCUGCUCGUCAAGUCGCCCAGACCAGCGACAUUAUGAAGGUUUUGGGGUAUCGACUGCGCGAUGUAGACAUUCAGCAAGCAUUGGUAAUCCCAGAGAGUUCCGACGGGAUUGAAGUCCAGACUACACUCAGGCCUGUCAGCAACAAGGCCAUUGGAGUCCGAGGAUGGAAGGCCUUUCAGAUCUCGUCAGUUGGGUUGGACAGCAAGUGGACAGACCAUUGCCAAGGUCUAGUCCAAGUCGCUCUAUCGAAUGCCAGCGAUGAGCAAGACCAUUGGAGCACAAUUACCUCGUCGUCUGGAGUGAAAUCAUCACUGUUCAACUCAAGGGAUAUCCACCCUGAAGAUAUGUACGCUGGCAUGCAGUCCGUCUCUAUCUGCUACGGCCCCUUAUUCCAAAAUUUGGAGAGCAUUCAAUCCGGGGAGAGGCAGUCGUUAAGCACUCUUACCAUCGCCGAUGUCCGUUCGAAGAUGCCUUCCAACCACCAACAAGAGCAUGUGAUCCACCCUACUACCCUGGACUCGGUGUUUGUGUCGGCAUACACUGCGCUUCCUGAAGCCGGGACGGAGUUCCAUGAUAGCGCCAAGGUCCCGAAAACCAUCGAUAGUCUCUGGGUAUCCCAUCAUAUCAGCUCGCAAGUUGGGCACCGAUUCCAAGCGCGCUCUCAGAUCCAGCGCCAUGAUUCGAAAGGCUUUCAAUCUGAUAUUCAUCUAGUGGACGUCACUGACAAUAUGGCCAUGUCUGAGACACCUGUCUUAGUGGUUCAGGGACUGGCUUGCCAGUCUCUCGGAGCAGCCAUCCCUCGCCAACCUGAGACUUACAAGAGAGAGAUCUGUGCCACUAUGAAUUGGGGUCCCGACUUCGCAUUUAUGGAGGCGGAUGUAUUGAAAAGAAGACUCCUGUCCUGCAUCGAACCCAAAGAGACUGAAUUUCUGGCAAAGAUCAGACGCGCUUGCUUCCACUUUCUGCACGAUUCACUUGAGGGCUUGACGUUACACGACGUGCAGACACUGUCAACUGCUCACAAGAAAUUCUACGUGUGGAUGAAGUUGCAGGUCCAGCAAGGACUCCAGGGAGACCUAGGACCUGGAAGUGCCGCAUGGGUGCAUGACAGCAUCGAACAGAAGCAGCGGCUCUUUGAUGAGGUAGCUGCAGCCAAUGUUAAAGGCGAGAUGCUCUGUCGCUUAGGGUCACACAUCGCGGCGAUACUGAGCCGCGAGGCAUCGCCCUUGAAUUUGGUGACGGUAGACAACCUUCAAAAAAGAUAUCACGAGGAGGAAACAAACCUUGGAUGGGCAGGCGCCCAACUGAGCGAGCUAAUCAGGAACUUCGUUCAUCACAAUCCCCAGGCAAAGAUCCUUGAAACUGGUGUUGGUACUGGCGAGGUGACGAAGUGUGUCCUUGAAGUACUCGGCAGCGGAGCAGAAUCAGGGUUCGGGCCCCUUGCUUCUGAGUAUCAUUUCACUCAUGUAAGCCCGGCCCCAUUCGAUUCUAUACAGCAAGCUUUUGAGGCCUGGAGCAGUAUUAUUUCCUGCCGCCGGCUGGACACCAAUGCAGACCCAGUACAGCAGGGAUUUGAACUCGGAAGCUAUGAUCUUAUUAUCGCUUUCCAAAUCUCGCGCAGUUACAGGCAUCCAGAUGUAUCCAUAGCGAACAUGAGGAGCCUGUUGAGGCCAGGGGGUAAGCUACUACUGCUCGAAGCCAUAACUGACCAAUUGGAUGUUCAACUUGCCCUUGGCCUUGGCCUUCUUCCUGCCACCGUUCCAAGCGUAAGCAAUGUCGAUGACAAUGAUCACUCCUCAUCUAGGGGCCAGGGGUCGCCGGAUGACGAAAAUAACAUCGACAAAGCCAUAUCGCCCCAUCAGUGGGAUCAGCUGCUGAUGGAAGCAGGGUUCACUGGAAUUGAUCUGGAGAUCUAUGAUGGUGAAAGCAGAGAACUUUCGACAUCUACGAUCAUGUUAUCGACGGUACAGGCCGAUCGCUCUCUGUUCGCUCCUGUGGUACUUGUAUCAAAUGGCCAAAGUCUGGAGGAGAAUUGGCUCAGAGAGCUGCAACAUUCCAUCGCCGCCGUGACUGGUGGAAGUGUACCCGUCGUGGAAUCAAUCAACUCGGUGCACGCAACAGGGUGCGUAUGUGUCUUCCUCGGCGAAAUUCACCACUCGAUUCUUUCAAAGCCAUCAGCGGCAGAGUUUAGUGCCAUCAAGUCCCUAGUAUUAAACUGCAAUGGGCUGCUUUGGAUCACGCGCGGCGGCGCUGUCGAGGGGAAUGACCCUUGGCUCGCUCUGAGCCAGGGAUUCCUCCGCUCGCUGAGAAACGAGUAUAGUGGCAAACGCUACGUGUCUUUGGAUCUCGACUCCCAUAGGUCUUCUCUGGGGCACGAGGACGUUUCGGCCAUUACCCGGGUCCUCGCAACAUGUUUCGAUGAUUCUGUACCCGAACAGAAUGCCCCAAGAGACUUCGAUUUUGCAGAACGCGACGGCGUGAUCCUCACCCCAAGGUUAUACAAGGACUUUGAGAGGAACUCGUAUAUAGCGGCAGAUCCAUCGCAGAGCAAGACACCGCAAUUGGAGCCGUUCCACCAAACGGACCGUCCUCUGAAAUUGGAGGUCGCCACUCCUGGUCUGCUGGAGACGUUGGUCUUCAGCGACCAUUUGGAGGCCUGCACAAAUAUUGCACCCGAAUUCAUCGAAGUUGAGCCACGGACGAUGGCGCUCAACUUCCGAGACGUGAUGGUAGCGAUGGGUCAACUCAAUGAAACAAGGAUGGGGUACGAAUGCGCUGGUGUCAUCACCGGUGCUGGUACGUCGGCUAUCUCUCAUGGCUAUCAAGUGGGCGACCGCGUCUUCUGUCUCUUGAAUGGGCAGUUCGCGAGUCGGGUACGUCUACCCUGGACGACGGCCUAUCACAUGCCCCCAGACAUGGCUUUCGAGACCGCCGCGUCUAUACCCAUGGUAUUUGCUACGGCUUACACAUCACUCUACGACAUCGCAAGACUUGGAAAGGGCCAAACCGUCUUGAUCCAUGCCGCAGCCGGUGGUGUUGGGCAGGCCGCUAUAAUUCUAGCCCAGCUGGUGGGUGCCGAAGUGUACGCCACGGCUGGCACUGAUGAAAAGCGCAGUUUCAUCAUCAACAAGUAUAAUCUACCGGUGGACCAUGUCUUCUCCAGCCGGGACGCUUCAUUCGCCCCGAAACUUAAGUCGAUGACGAAGAAUGGCGUGGACGUCGUCCUGAACUGCCUCUCGGGGCGACUUCUCCAGGAGAGCUUUAACUGCCUCGCCCCGUACGGCCAUUUCGUCGAGAUUGGCAAAUACGACCUUGAGCAGAAUAGCUACCUGGAGCUCAAGCAGUUUUCACGUGUUGCCUCAUUCUCUUCCGUUGACAUGUCAGUACUGCUUCAGGACAGGCCGUCCGAGAUUCAUCGGGUUCUAGCCAGCGUCGCGCGCCUGCUGGAGCAGAAGGCAAUCACGGCAGUGGAGCCCAUCACCGUCUUCCCUCUUCCCGAGCUCGAGAAGGCUUUCCGGCAGAUGCAAGCUGGAAAGCACAUGGGUAAGAUUGUGGUCUCGAUCGCUUCAGACAUAACAGUUCCGGUUGUUCAACGCCAGCCUGUGGCGAAGCUCCGGCCUGAUUUCUCAUAUCUCAUUGUUGGAGGCGUGAGGGGUAUUGGCAAGAGCAUCGCCCGGUGGAUGCUGUCUCGUGGCGGGAAGAACAUAAUUCUCUUGUCGCGAAGUGCUAAUUCCACAGGCGCCGUAGGUGCCUUCGUAGCUGAGCUUGAGAAGGAAUACCCGGGUUCCCGAGUAAAGUCCAUUGGAUGUGACAUCACAAGCGAUGCCGACUUGUCGCUCGCACUACAGCACUGUGCCAAGGAGUUUCCACCCAUCCGCGGUGUCAUCCAAGGCGCCAUGGUGAUUGAAGACUCCAUCCUCGAGCAAAUGACAGUCGAACAAUUCAACGCGGCUGUCAGCCCCAAGGUACAGGGCACAUGGAACCUUCAUAACCUCUUGGGCUCCGAGCUAGACUUCUUUGUCAUGCUAUCGUCUCUGGCCGGCAUCAUCGGCUACGCAAGCAGUUCCAACUACACGGCUGGUGGGACAUUUCAAGAUGCACUUGCCAAGUAUCGCGUCGCUAAGGGGCUGCCAGCGGUGGCCUUGGAUCUCGGUGUCGUCAAGGGUAUCGGUAAAGUGGCAACAGAAAAGUCUGCGCAUGAACGCAUGACAAGGCACGGGCACCUGCCACUCAGCGAGGCACAAGUUCUGGCAGCCGUGGAGUCGGCCAUCGUCUUCCCUUCUUCGCAGGUCAUGGUUGGCUUCAACACGGGGCCCGGCAAGCACUGGGACGAAAGCACCGGGUCGCCGCUCGCCCGCGAACUGAGUUUCUCGGCGCUCCAGCCCCGGAAGCUGUCCCAAGACGGCUCUAACGUAUUCAAAAGCCACGGCGGAACCGAUAGUCUGGCUGGUAAGCUGGCAGCGGCUUCCUCGAUCGACGAGGGGGCCGAUCUCAUCUUACAAGCGUUGAAGCAGAAGCUGGUGGAUAUUUUCAUGGUUCCCAUCGAGGAAAUCGCGGCGUCCAAAUCCAUGGCAGGCUUCGGCGUGGAUUCUCUCGUCGCUGUGGAGCUGCGUAAUAUGCUCGCGUUGCAGGCCGGCAGCGAGGUGUCCAUUUUUGACAUCAUGCAGAGCACUUCACUACUGGCCCUUUCCAAAACCGUCGCUUCGACUAGUAUCUACGUCCUGGUAUCCCUGUAG